UGACGAAGAAAGGUAUUAUGGCGUCCAUUGUAUCAGUUAGUUUUCAAGUUCCAGACUUCCAAACGGCGUCGUUUCUUUGUUGGUGUAGGAUUGAUUUCGAAAAUUAGGUUUUGAGUUCAGAAAUUUGGUAGUUAAUUGCAAUGGUGCUGAGUUAAUCAAUGGCGGCUAAAGGGAGUUUAUAUGCAGUGACAUUCAUCUAAUUGGUUUGGUAUAAACACUCGUGCGAGACUCGAGCGUUGAUAUAGUUGCAUUCUAUGCUCUUUAGCGUAGUUAAUUCAGCUGGAAAUUGAGUUAGUUUACCUCAAUUGGAUUUGAACCGAUUUGCUAUUCAGGAAUGUUUUCAAUGUUCGCCAGAAUCUUUUUUCAAAGGACUUUGUAUUCGGCUACAUUCACCAACAACACCAGCAUUUUUAGGUGUCUUAAAACUAUAGCACCUUCCAUUGACCAGUGUAGCAAUCCUUUCAGCGGUAAAGGUAGUUGUGGCAGAAGUGUGCCUAAUGAUGAUUACUUUGCAACAAUUCAUCAUGUAUCUAACAUUGUACGGCGGGAUAUUUAUCUGGAGCGGACCCUUAACAAGAUGCAUAUUUCAAGUAUUGUCAACUCUGAACUGGUGUACCGCGUCCUUAGAAGUUGUUGCCAACAUGGUAUUGAAUCUUUUCGUUUCUUUAACUGGGCUCGGACUCAACACCCUCAGUAUGACCCAACUACUGUUGAGUUUGAAGAACUUCUUAAGACCCUUGCCCGGACUGCCCACUGGGAGACAAUGUGGAAAGUAGUCCAGCAGAUGAAAGCUCAAAAUAUUCCUAUCUCACCGUCCAUUGUUUCAUUCAUUAUUGAACACUAUGGUAAGCGUGGUCUCAUUGAUCAGGCUGUCGAGCUUUUCAAUCGGCUCAAGAACUUCGACUGUCCUCAAACUACUGAAGUAUACAAUGCUAUGCUUUUCGCACUCUGUGAGGUCAAGAAUUUCCAAGGGGCCUAUGCAUUGAUUCGGAGGAUGAUACGAAAAGGUACUGUUCCAGAUAAGCAGACAUAUUCUAUUCUUGUAAAUGGCUGGUGUUCUGCCGGGAAGAUGAGAGAGGCACAAGAGUUCUUGGAGGAAAUGAGUCGGAAGGGCUUCAAUCCUCCUGUACGUGGGAGGGACCUUCUAAUUGAUGGGUUGCUCAGUGCUGGAUAUCUAGAAUCAGCUAAAGGAUUGGUGAGAAAAAUGACAAAAGAGGGGUUUGUGCCAGAUGUUGGAACAUUCAAUUCUUUGGCAGAGGCUAUAUGUAAAACUGGGGAAAUCGACUUUUGCAUUGACCUCUUCAAUGAUGUUUGUAGAUCAGGGCUUUUUCCUGAUAUUGAGACUUAUAAGAUUGUCAUAACUGCUGCAUCAAAGGUAGGUAGGAUUGAUGAGGCAUUUCAGAUUCUUCAUAGGUCAAUUGAAGCUGGACACCGGCCAUUUCCCAGUUUAUAUGCUCCAAUACUAAAAGCUUUCUUCCGGAGAGGACAGUUUGAUGAUGCAUUUAGCUUUUUCAGUGAAAUGAAGCUGAAAGGGCAUCCACCAAAUCGACCUCUUUAUACCAUGUUGAUAAAGAUGUGCUCUCGUGGAGGUAGAUUUGUAGAGGCGUCUAAUUAUUUAGUAGAAAUGACCGAGUUAAAUUUGUUGCCUAUGUCACGAAGCUUUGACAUGGUGACAGAUGGAUUGAAGAAUUGUGGAAAACAUGAUCUAGCCAAAAGGAUCGAGCAGUUGGAGAUAUCUGUCAAGGGCAUCUGAAUUAUUGUUGUGAAUCGAGCAGUUGGAGAUAUCUGUCCAAUAGACUCAAGGCUGUGCGAAUGAUCUGCCCUUUAUUUGAUACAACACGUUGGGUGAGGAAUCUGGAACGUUCUUACUUUAAGAUGUGGAAUCUCUAUUGCUCCGGCCAGCAUCCUCAGCCCUUCAAAGUGACCAAGAAUGACUCAGGAUUUCCUUUUGACCACUAGAUGUAGUAGGGAAGGAAGAGAACAUGAUUGUAGAUAAAACAAGAGAACAUAAAUUCCUAUUUAUAUAGAAGUAUAUAAAUUACUGCAUUUAGGUGUUUGUUGAAAUGUGAUUCAAGUCUCAAGUGUUGAUCAUAUUACCCAUUCGUGGUACUGGAAACUCUCGAUGAAAGUUCAUUAGUUGUUCAAGUGCAAGCAAAUGUCAAGACUCGAGACGAGACUCACCCAAUGUCUUGUUUGGUUUGAAUGUGAAAACUCACAAGAGUGAGAGAGAGACUGGAGGGAGAGGGGUGAUGGAUAACUGUUAAGUUCAAAAAUUGGGUGGUGAAUGAAAUGUAAGGAGUCAUUGUUGUGCCUCUUUAUUCAUCAACUUGUAUUUGACAUUUUCAGUUGAGUUUAUGCAGGCAUCCAAUGCCCCUAGUAUAUCAA